AUGCCAGUCUAUCACAUCGUCCUCUUCCGUCUCAAAUCUGGUGUCACCCCGGCCCAGAUCGCGACCUGGAAGGAGACAUGCCAGGGAAUGGUGGGGAAGAUUCCCGGACUGCUGUCGCUGCAGAACGGUCCCCCGCUGCCAAUUUCGAUUCCCCGCGCCCACGGCUUCGAUAUGGGACUUGUUGCUGUUUUGGAGACGCCUGAGCAUGUGGCUACCUAUGCGGUACACCCUGCUCACUUGGAGGUUCAUAAAAUGCGCGAGGAGUUGUGCGAUGAUACUUUGGCCUAUGAUCUAGAGUUCUAG